UGGCAGCAGACAGCGGCGCGCGGCGUCGGUAGCGGUCGGCUCUGGCGCGGCGUCUCGUCCACCCCCUCGUGAGCCUGGGGAACCUGCAGCUCAAAGCCGCCGCCAGCCACACCACCAUGUACCCCGGCAACAAGCGGAAAAAGCUGUGGCGGGAGGAGAAAGAGCGUUUGCUGAAGAUGACCUUGGAAGAAAGACGCAAAGAGUACUUAAGGGAUUAUGUUGCACUGAAAAAUAUUCCAACAUGGAUGGAAGACUUAAAAAGUAAGAGCGAAAGUGAUGGUGAAAAUGCUAAAGAAGAUCUGCAAGGGAAGAAAAGUCUGAGUGAGAAAGUUUCCCUAUAUAGAGGUGACAUUACGCUGCUUGAGGUUGAUGCCAUCGUUAAUGCUGCUAAUUCCAGCCUUCUUGGAGGUGGAGGAGUGGAUGGCUGUAUACACAGAGCUGCCGGGCCCUGCUUGGUUGCUGAAUGUCGUAACCUGAGUGGCUGUGAGACUGGACAAGCAAAAAUUACGUGUGGAUAUGACCUACCUGCAAAAUAUGUGAUCCAUACUGUUGGGCCGAUUGCAAGAGGCCAUCUCACUGACACUCAUAAAGAAAACUUGGCAAAUUGCUAUAAAUCCUCUCUGAAACUGGCAAAAGAAAACAACAUCAGAUCAAUUGCAUUUCCCUGUAUUUCAACAGGAAUUUAUGGUUUUCCAAAUGAGCCUGCUGCUGUCAUUGCCCUUAACACUAUUAAGGAGUGGUUAAGCAAGAAUCAUAAUGAGGUGGAUCGUAUCAUCUUCUGUGUCUUUUUGGAGGUUGACUACAAAAUUUUCAAGAAGAAAAUGGGCGAGUUUUUUCCUCUAGAUGAUGCUAAUGAAGAAGGGAUUGAGCUGAGUGAAGAGACAGAAGGAUUGGAACAAAAAGGCCAGCCUCCAUGUCCCACAAAGAGCAAAGCAGAGCAGCCUGAGGCCCUGCAAGAUGAUGCUGAAGGUGGUAACAGCACAGAAGAAAAGCAAAACACUGAAGAAACCGAGGCCCGGAGUGGAGAAGCAGAUGAGACGAAACCUUCAGCUGUAGCCAGCCUGUCAGCAUCAGAAGAAGCAGAGCUGAGUGAGGAUAAAGACUCCCUGAAAGACUCCAAAGGCACACGGGAGAGUGACCCAGUGCAUCCUGUGGGAUGUGAACAAGAGCAAGCUGAAGGACAACCGGAUGUUUCUGCAGAGGAAGAGAUGAAAACUGGGGCAGAUUCCCAAAGCUCCUGCAUGGAAAUAGGAGAGCCGUUGUUGAACCAAGAAGACACAACAGAAGUUGAGAUACCUUUGAUUCAUGGUGCAGAGGAAAAAGAAGAAGAAGGAAAAGAAGGAGGAGGAUGGAUGCAAGGGAAAGAGGAAACUUCUGUGGAGCCUAUGAAAGUUGACCUCACAUGUGAAGCAGCAGACGUUUCAAAUAAGGAUGCUGAAAUGAAUAGUCAAGUUGAAAGUAUAAAUGAUCCUAUGGAAACAGAGCGGGAAGCUUAAGUAACAGGAAGGAUGCAGGAGAGGAGAGACCCGAGGAAACCCGACGGGCAGGCGCUGACAUCCUACAGCAUCAUUCUUGGCAGAAAAGAGCACACAGAGAUGCUCCGUGGGUUGGGUGGGAGGGAGCUUUGGGGAAAUGACUCUCUGCUUUAAUUUCUCUUUGUUCUUCAUUGCAUUUUGUUCUGUAAGCCUGUUGGAAAGAAACAUAACUUCCCAGUUCUAACAAUGUUUUGCAAUUAUCCCUGCAAUUACAACAGUUUCUUCUGAACUGUGAGUCCCUGUCUGAUAUUGGAUCUCUUCCUCCUGCAUCAUAUCAUCAGUAGCCUGUUUCCAGGCCCACCCCUUUCCUAGCAUCUUUAUCUUAUUUCCCAGUUAUGGUACUAUCUGCAGGCAACCUGUGGGAGCCCGUUUAUUCUCCCCCCCACCUCCUUUUUUUUUAAAAAAAACUGUUCCCUAGGAUAUAAAUGGAGAUUUUCUUCAAGAACACGAACUGCCACAAAGGAUUAUAAUCCACACACACUGAUAAACAACUGCCCUCCUUGUGCUAGGGAUUUGCAAGACUAGAUGCUCCAUAAUCUCAGAAAUAUUGAUAAGGACAGCCCUGCACAUUGCCCACCUCCAGGCUUGUCGAUUGGCAGCUCCUGCCGGCACCCGCCAGCAGGUCGCUGUGUCCGAACCCUGGCUGCUAGAAGAGGCGCUGGCCGGAUUCCCUUGAGUCCAUGCUGGAAGCAGAGUUUGCUCAUUAACUCUAUCAUCCCAAUGCCUCAGAUAAAUACAGCUCCUAGCUUUAACAACUUCACACUGUAUCUUAUGUGAGCCCUCAUUAUAUUUUCUACUGCAUAUGCAUGAUUUAUUUUUUUUAAAUUUUUUUAAAAAAGCAAUUAACAGUUAUUUGGAUAAGAAUGUCUCACCAUAUGUCAAUUGUUCUGCCAGCAAAUGCUGCACUGAAAUUUUUAGAAAAGGAACAAAAGGGUUUCACAUACGUUUCCCAACCAUGCUGUAACUGAAACUGAUAGACAAUACGCUCAAUGGAAAAGCACGCAACCUGUGUCCAGGGUGUGAUGUGCUACAAACUGCAUUUUAAAAUGCUGCUGAUAGUAAUUUGAUCGUGUUAAGCAAGGUAAUUAAUUCUUUUCUUUCUUUUUUUUUUUCCCAAAUAUGCAUGAAUCCCAAAAUAGUUAUUUACUAGCUGGCCAAAAAAAAGAAAAGAAAAAAAAAUAUGUAAAAACCAAGGUAAGACAUAUCUCUAUCCUCCUGUGAUCUGGGUUUAUCCCAGCUAGAGUAGGUUUGGUGAUAAAUCAUCUGCUGGUGUAACAGCAAGUCAAAUGUGGCCCUAACACACCUAGAACUGGCUACAGCAGUUGAUGGCUGCUGUCAGCUGCAGGUUAAUUCAAAAGGGUGUCAGGACAAAAAAGGAUUAGAAAGGAAAACAAGAAGAGUCCCAGAUUUCACCCAGAGAGUACAGCCCCUAGAAGGGCAGCCCCGUAUCUUCCUAUGUGCAGCUUCAGCAUGUUUGCUUGUGGUGGGAUCGAAAGAGUAUUUCUUUGUGCUGGCUCCUGUGGUUUUUUAACCCAGGUGACACUAGCACCAGAGAAGAUCUCAAGGAGCUGCUUCGUCACCCAUUUGUCCCAGAGAUCGGUCGAUGUGUAACUCUGAAUUGAAUCGACUGUGGAAGGAGUAAAUGACCUGACGUAAGCCUAUGAAUUGGGUUUAUAAUAUUGCUAAGUUUACCUAAAUUUGCUAGGUACCAUUCCUCUGGCCCUUGUUCUCCACAGAGCACCCUUGAACGGACUCCUUGUUCCCUUUGAGGUGUCUCUGCUGCUUUUCUUUCCCAUCCCUGGGAUCAUGCUUGACAGAACGUGUCUUUUGGGACAUGGAUUUUUUUUUUCCUGCUGUUCCUUCACCUUGUCUCCAGCUGAUUGCAGUUUUGCGGUGGGAGGCUUUGUGGGUAGUACCUCUACAUGGUGUGCAUCCCAUAUGUUCCUGUAUAUUUUCCAUACCAGGUGAUUAUGAUUGAAACGGCCUGUCAUAAUAGGUGGGGCAGGAGUGGAUAAAUACCUCGGGAGGAAGGGGAAUAAAUGCAUUGGGUGUGUCUCUUCUCAAUUCCCCUUUUGUGUGGUUGCUGUGAAAAGACCAGGAUUGAAGGGUUCCCUCCAUCUAGGUAAGUGAGGGAACUGGCCCCGUAGGGCUGGGAAUGAACUCGGUGAGCUCUGUGAAAUGUUGAAGAGAUCCAAGGCGGCUGGCGUGAACUGAGCUUUGCAGAGCUGCAAUAACUUCAGUCAACGGACUACCCAGUCCCCUGAAUCUAGCUCUGUUCUUGUUUCUGUUGUGCUCACCCAUGGGCAACGUUAAUGGAGCUGUAGGCUGCCCUUAUCUGCAUGUCGGAUGUCUGUCUCGCCAUUGCCAGCCUUGGUUUUAGCAAGGGAGCCAAAGGGAUAGCCAAGCAGGAGGCUGGCUGCCAAGGUGUGACGGUUCAGCAAGGAGACAAAGGCUCCUUAAAAUCCUUGUGAAGACUGACCAAUAGUUAAAAAAAAAAAAAAACUGCAAAGAUGUGUCACAUUAGACACUCUCUAACCCCUGACAGUAAUUUCGUUGCACUUUUCAUUUAACCUUGGUCCUCAAACAGCAGCGAGUCUUUGAAACCAUGAACCAUUUGCCCCAGGAUGCAGCGGCAAAGCGUGAAGCCCAGGUAGGAAGUGUAAAGCAAGGAAACGUAGGAGUUUAUUAAGUCCUUACAGGACAAUUUGCAGCCGCAUCUAUAUCUGUCUGUCUUCAGGUGGGUUUUGGUUUGAGUUGUUGGGGUUUUUCACUAGGCAUAAAGUGAGUAGAGUGGCAGCAUGAGUUCUUCUGCUGAGUUAGUAGUGAACGCUGAACCCAUGCCCCUCAAUGCAGUCUCCGCCACUCUUGCUGGAGCUGCAGAAAUGGAAGGAGCUGGUUUUGUAGAAGAGCAAGCAUCAGACCAAGAAUCACCCCACAGGGAUUUAUGACAAGGAUUUUGGUUUAAACCUGCAAUGUGUUUGCAGUAGGUGGCAUAAAGGGAAUAGCAACGCUUUGGUGCUGAUGUUUGCAUACAAAGUAUCAGGCUCUGCUUGAUUGUUGUUUCUCCUAUGCCUGAAAGCGCUCAUGCCUACCGUUAGGCACAAUAUUCUUCGGGCUGGUGACUGCUCCGAUGAUGAAUGGGUUUCCUUCCAUACAGAUAUCCAAAGGGGAUGUUUGAGACAUAGUCUGUAAUAAUGGGUCACACACUUGCUGCAGCUAAUAGUCAAUCUUUCUGUAAGGCACUGAGAAACUUUCUCUGUGAAUUAACACUGUUCUGCUUUACGCACUUGAAUAAAAAUAUAUGAAAAAAAAAAAAAGACUUUUCUCUAUAUGCAGUGCAUGCCAGCUUUGCUUUUAAAAUUACAAACUUAACAGAGUAUGUGGAUCUAUUUUCUCGGGGAAUAGGGGUUUUUAUCAUAUGAUUCAUCCAGGAUUUGCCUUACCCUGACAUUUGUGAUAUAAAGGAAAGUUUAAAAAAAAAAAAUUUACAAAUUAAAAAAGGGUAAUUUUCUCGAUCCAAAACUAUGUUUUUACUUCUGUGCAAAGAAAUGUAGACUGUUGUUUGCAAAAUGUCUUCUAAUAGAUAGUCUAGCAGCUAUAUUGGUUAACACAUCCCUCUUCCGUUACUCUGUCAUUUACAUGCUGAAUUUGCCUCCCAGUCUGUUAUUUUUCCUUCUGUCUGUGCCAUGCAUUGGAAAACUUAAAGAACCAAUGCCUUCGUACGAUGAUGUUUGUUAAAGCGAAAUGUUAAUAAAGCUUGUCCUGAAGACGA